UCCCGCCUUGAAAGCCACCCGAUCAGCUGCACACACACACACACACACGGCCAUGCAGAGGGAGAAAGCAGAGGGGAGGGAGGGAGAGAGAGACAGGGAGAGAGAGAGGUAGCGAGAGAGAGAGGUAGCGCACCACACACAACGAGGGAACCCCAUCAGCUGGAAGUCGAGUAACAUUACAACUCUCAGCAGCAUCGAACUACUACAAUACACAGACGAGGGCUCCACAUCUGCUCGGAGGAUUUAACCCGCAUCGGAUCCCGGGAUUCGUUCCGCCCCGUCUCCCCCAUCAUUUAUUGUACAGAGACUGUUUGCUGUUUUUCUUUUUUCGCGUGAGGAGAGGGGGGGACCAAACUGGCUAGAGGCGAGCAUGGAGUAUUUCAUGGUACCAGCUCAGAAGGUGCCCUCCCUGCAACAUUUCAGGAAAACGGAGAAAGAAGUGAUCGGGGGUCUCUGCAGUCUGGCCAACAUUCCUCUGACUCCAGAAACAGCCCGGGACCAAGAGCGGCGAAUCCGCAGAGAGAUCGCCAACAGCAACGAGCGUCGGCGUAUGCAGAGCAUCAACUCUGGCUUCCAGUCACUUAAAACACUCAUCCCACACAGCGACGGAGAGAAGCUCAGCAAGGCUGCCAUCCUGCAACAGACCACAGACUACAUUUUCGCUUUGGAGCAGGAGAAGACGCGGCUAUUGCAGCAGAACAGUCAACUCAAGCGAAUCAUUCAAGAGUUAAGUGGUUCUUCCCCAAAGAGGAGGCGUGCAGAGGAGAAGGAUGAAGGGAUCGGCUCGCCAGACAUCCUGGAGGAGGAGAAGACCGAGGACUUGAGGAGGGAAAUGAUCGAGCUGCGGCAGCAGCUGGAGAAAGAGCGGUCAGUCCGGAUGUUGCUGGAAGAUCAGAUGCGUUCCCUGGAUGAACAGAUGUACCCAGAGACACUUAAAGCGAUCGCCCAGCAGGUCCAGGAGCAGCAGGCCCAGACACAGAGCCUCGUUCAUCGGCACAAGCAUCUGGAGAGGGACCUCACUCCAGCCCACAGCCCACAGAUGUUGGCGCCGGCGACCCCUCCUGCUCCCACACACCAUGCCACGGUCAUCGUCCCAGCACCAGUCCAAACUCCCCAGUCCCAUCAUGUCACCGUGGUAACCAUGGGCCCUGCAUCAGUCAUCAACACAGUGUCCACAUCUCGACACAACCUGGACACCAUUGUUCAAGCAAUCCAGCACAUCGAGGGCACCCAGGGGAAGGGUGCUGUCGGCGAGGAGGAGCAGCGGAGGGCGGUCAUCGUCACUUCAGGUCGCGGGCUCUCCGACGCGGCGGGCUCCGACACGGCCUCGAACAGUGACGGCCCGGACGACUGCUCGCUGCCCUGAGUUCAUCACCCGCUUUCCGUCACGCCGUACAAGCAAGAACAGAAAAGGCCCAAGCAGACCAGGGCCAUGGGAGGCUUCAGACCCACAGCUCUCUUGUUCAGUGGACAUUAAUAGGGCUGGUAGACAGAUUGGUGCACUCGUCUUUUUUUUAUUUUUCUUUCCUCCUUUUACUACGCACUCUUAACAUGUUGUACCGUGAUAGGCAGCCCAAAUAGGUUUACACUUAGACACUCGUACAUGCAGCCUCUUCUGCAUCUGCUCUCUGCUUAUCUCUAGGCCCCUGCUAUCUCACUCAUAUCUCAUUCAUUAAUCUGUAGAAAAGUUACGAUAGCAACUAUUUCACUGACUGAUCCGUAAAUGCUCUGACACACGGGAUAUGAGAACUUCGUAUGUCUGUGAACCGGCUCCAUUAACCACCGGGGCUGUCGUCCUUUAUUUGGUGCUGAAGCCGCGUGACACCAGAGCAUUGUUGUAAAGACGGACGUCCUUUUAAUCAUCUGUCUCAUCCCGACCCAUCUGAGCACGAAGAGACACUGAACUCACAAGACAGUCUCACCUUCACAUGUUCCCGGGGCUUCUAGAUGAAACAUUAGGGUCACGUUACUCGUGUGAAGUCUACUUUUUUCAUGUUUUGUUUCUCUGAGGCUCCAACAACCAGCACGUGAAAGCGAUUGUACUGGAAAAACACAAAAAAAAGAUAAAGGCUCCAUGUUGGCAGGAAUUAAAAAAGCUGUCUUCGAGGGUGAUGUGGUGCUCACAGGAAAUGAAAUAAGCUCGGGAGGAGAGAGUGCACUUAUGGUUCACAGCUCUAUUCGUUCUUUUUGUUUGUCUGUUACCUUUUUUUUUUUUACUGGGCUGGGCUCCUAGUAAACCCCACAUAUGUAUUUGGCUUGUUUUCCUUUUUACUCAUGGCCUGAUAAAAAAAAAAAAAAAAGAAAGAAAGUGCUUUGACAUUUCUUGACACGUUCCCUUGUUGAGUAGAAGAGCACCUGGCUUGUUAAAUAAGCUAAUCUGUGGACACUCUGUAGUGAUUUCCACUGGUGUGAGUGUGUGUGUCCCUUUUUUGUAAGCGUCUUUGAAUCAGCAGAAGCGUCGCUGGUUCCCCAGACUCUGGCAGUCUGCAACAGCGCCACUCACUUCUGCCUUGAAAUUAAGCCACACAUGUUUGUGUGCACAACACUGACACAUACGACUGACAUACAAUCACGUGUUUCCUAAAUCAUAAGGGCUGCUUUUCUUCAGCCCCUACCAGUGUAGCUUCUUGUUCCAGAUGUAUCUAUCAAAAGCGGAGUGUGCUACAAACACGAGGAAAAAGCCCAGUGAAACAGUUUGAAUGUGCUGUGGAGUCGACUGGUUGGACCACACAUGCUCUAUGCAUUUCCUUUUAACAGAUCAUUUGUUCUUUUGCUUGAUCUAGUGUACUGCACUAUUCACAUGUUUCAGCUUAGUUCUUAUUUUUCUUUUAAAACGUGUUGUUUUGCCUGGAAUGGAAAGGUCGACAUUGAGACGUAGCUGAGAGGCAACAGCUUGCCUUACUAACAGCAGGUGCACAGUGCAGCGAGGCACUGUGUGAGUCCAGCCUUAUCACAACCCUGAGGUGGGAACACUUGAUCUGCGUCGCUCGGUGGCCGCUGGAAUCCCUCUGGUUGUCUCUUUGCCUUUUCAAACGGGCAUGUUUGACUCCCAGUGCGCGUUAGCUUCUAUAUAUAUAUAUAUAUAUAUAUAUAUAUUCCAAGUUAUUUUGUCUAUUUCGCUUAUGUAUGUUUUUUUUUAAUAUUUCUGCCUCAAUAAUAGACAGGUCGCUGGUGUACUAAUUACAGUCAAGUGCUCCUGAUAAUUCUUUCGGUUAAGUAUUCAAACUUGAUGUGAAUACUGACUGCUGGUAGUACUCGUGUGUAGAUCUGAAGCUGUUUUGGCCCCUUUGUGUGCACUAUCAUUGUCAGAUGUGUGGAAAAAAGAAUUUCCACAAAGAAAUGUUGACAUUCCAUAAAACUAAACUUGUUUUUUUCCCCCCCAACCGGUUAAUUUUCAAAUGUUAAACCUGGUAUAUGUAGAGAUUAGUCACACUGAGGGCUUUUGACACAUCACUGCUUUUUAGUGACAAACUCACUAUCUGAAUCUCCUGCAUCAGUGCAUAGAGGAAGCAUUGAAUCGCUUGACAGAUGAUGCGUUCAAGUGAUCACAGCCCUCUCUAUCGUGACCUAUAUCAUGGAACUGCCCUUUAAGCAAAUGUUGACGUCAGCUCCUCUGAAAUGAGCGAGGCGUCUGUCAGAUUGAAUCAUGGGACAUCUUCCCAGUACUUAUUGUAUCCAGGGGAUUCCUGGAUGUUGAAAAAUAUGGUUUGCAUGCUCUGCAUUUUGUAGAGCCCCUUUUCUUUUCUCUCUUUUUCUUUUUAACAGUUAUCUACAAUUGAUCGUCUUCGGCUGAAUCACAGAAUAGUUUUUAUCUCCAUCUGUGUUUUUGCACUCUUUUCUCUGUGUCUUAGGAAAUGUUACGUGGACAUAUCAGAUUAUCGGAUGAGCGUUGUGGGCCGUGGGAUCAUUAAAUGGCGUCAUGAUUACAAAGCACUUACUGUACUAUACUGGAGUCGGCCUCUUUGUGUUGUAAAAAGAGGCAUCUCCUCAGCUGAAGCUCUUGAGGUAAAGAAUAAAAAACCGCACAGCUGUGUAUCCCCCCCCCUCCCUCCCUUCCCCUCCAUGUCCGGUCCUGAGACAUCUCGUCCCGUUUUCCCCUCAACUCUUUAUCUUUGUUCUUUUGCGAUCUGUUAUGCCGUCUCUGUUUUCCUGUUGUCGAUAUCGUUUGUCUCCCUUCACAUUUUGCAGCUCCCUCCUCUCCUUCUCUGUACCUUUUUUUUUUAUUUUUGUUGUUGUUAGACCUGUCAAUGCAUAUGGUCAUCAAGACGCUUUUGUUGUUGUUGUUUUUUUUUUAAGAGAAAAUGUUUUGGGGAUAAAUAGGCUUGUGCCUUUGUAAAGACAGAAUAAUAAAGUUUGUACUUUGUUUUAUACA